GCCCUAAAGUUGAAACCUUUAUUGCCGCCCCGAGGUUCAAAGCCAAUCUUAACCUGCCAUUCCUGCUCGUCCCACAGAGACGCGGCCCUGCAACGUCUCUCCUCCUCCCGCCCAUGGUUCACACUCUCCUUGUCGCUCUCGCCAUUCAGGAACCCUAAUAUUUCGCUCUGGACGGAGGAUAGCAGGUGUAUACAAAGAGAAGAAAUAGGCUUGAACAAAUGAAGCUCAAUGAUUUGGUAUUUGUUAGAGAGAAUCAUAGGCUUAAGGAGAAGUUCAAUUAGCAAAAAAGGGAUCCCAUUGCUUCGAAGGAUAAGGAGAAUGUUACUGAGUGGUUGGAUGAAGACCCUAGUAUUGAAGAGGUUUUCCAUGAGGAUGGUUUGACAUGGGAUAUGGUUGAGGAGGCUUUGGAUCUAGCUUCUGAUUCUAGGUAGGCUACUUGAGCAACAAUGGCUACUGGUACUUCACAAAGGGUAAGGGAGAUAGAAGAGGAGGAGGUAGAUUCAGAAGAAAUUGAGGAAGAUUAGCAAUAUGUUGAAGAGGGUGAUGAUUCUGAUGAUGAUGGCUUAUAUUCAUGUGGAGAUGCAAGUUAUUAUGAAGAUUCUGACUAAUGACGAUUAAAGAAACAAAGAUCUCCUUUCUCUUCUUUUGUAUCUCAUCUUGUCUUUGAUAUUGCAGCCUCUUGUAUUGGACAUUUCGAUUAUUCCUUUUAUACUUUUAUUGGAGACUUGGAGUGAAUGUGACAUGUCUAUGUGCGUGCAACUCUGUGUUGUGAUCAUGUGCCACUAUGGAGUAUGGAUUGGAGAGUUGGAGACUAAUACACCGAGGAGCCAUUGAAUAGCAUGGAGAAAGAGGAAGAGGUGACUAAUUACAUUCCCGCCCCUAUUGGGGUUAUGAAGAGAGAUGCCCCACAAUUAGUUGCCUUGUUAAAAGAAAUGAAGGAAGGAUUGGAUUCAGUCAGGAGCAAAGUGCAAGCCCUUGCACAAAAGGUGAAGGAAAAUCAAUUUCCAACAGGGGAGGGGAUAAGUUAUCUUGAAGCAAAGCAUCUGCUUCUUCUAAGUUAUUGCCAAUCAAUUGUUUAUUAUCUUCUUCGGAAGGCAAAAGGCUUAUGUAUUGAGGGACACCCCGUUGUCUGGAGCCUCGUAGAGAUCAGAUUAUUCCUAGAGAAGAUCCGUCCAAUUGAUAAGAAACUUCAUUACCAAAUUGAGAAGCUGACAAGAUCAGCUAAUGACGCAUCAACAAAACUGGCUUCUAAUGGGAACGAUAACGAUGCCUCUGUGGACAACAAAGAUCUUUUGAAAUAUAGGCCAAAUCCAGACCUGCUUGUGGAUAAAUUAGAUCAGACUUCCCAGGGUCGUGAAGGUGUGUACCGUCCGCCCAUGUUUGCGCCUACUUCUAUGGAUGAGGAGAAAAGCUCAAAACAGAAAAGAUUGGAGUCAAGAAAAGGGAAGGAAGCGCUUAGGCAAGCUAAAAAUAGUGGUUUUGUUAAAGACCUAAUUGACGACUUGGAAGGACGACCUGAAGAGAUUCGAGAAAUGGUUGGGCACGAAAGCAAGGAUCUUACUAGGAUGCGGGCAAGGUUUGAAGAGCGUGCAAGAGUAGAGGAAGAACUCUUCACCCGUGUUCCAAUAUCAAAGAUGGAGAGAAAGAAAAUCAAACGCCUUGAACGGUCAAGAAACGGGCUACUUGGUUUGACGGAUGACUUCUAUGGUGACAUUGCUGGUUUGGUAGCAACCGAAGAGAGUGGCAGGAGUCGUCCUUCUGACCAUUCAAAUUCCAUGAAGGAAGAAAGGAAGUUUAAGAAACGUAAUGGCAGGAGUCGUCCUUUGGACCAUACAAAUUCUGGGAAGGAAGAAAGGAAGUUUAAAAAAAGCAAGGUUAAUUUUCGCAAGUGAAUGGUUCUAUUGUACAAAGUAGAUUAUCCAUCAAUCAGUGUUAUAGUUGUCUGGUUUCUAAUUCCGGUAAGCAGGAAAAGCAUAUUUCUCUGUGAUGUAUUUGCUGUGAAGGUCUCUGCUUUUAGCAGUUUAUUGGACAUUAUAUGACGAUAUCAUCUACCCAUUAUCUCAAAUGUGUGGCACAUGAAUUUGCUAA